AAAAGGUAAAAAGUCACCACCGUUUCACCCGGCAACACAUUAUUAUUUGAGGAUGGAUUCCGAAGCAGCGACCCAUUCAGCAGGUACAGCCAGCAGCAGCAGACCGUCUGCGGACCCAUUGCUGCCCGUGCUGCCCAUUCUGGACCCCACUGUGCCCCUGGACAGGCAGCAAUGUGUCCUGAAGGCAACCAAAGAGGCCAGGGCCUUUCACAGGCCCAAAGGCUUCCAAGCCAGCGCCGGUCCCAAGGACCUUCAGACGGCUUGUGAUGAAGCAAAAAGGAGAUGCCGGCUCGUCACUACUACCAGGCCCUCAAUGAAGCUCUACCUUGGCCAGCUGGUUAUUCCCUUUGGGAAAUAUGCUGGCCAAAGCUUCAUGUGGCUGGUAGCGAAUGAUGUGGGCUACUUAAAAUAUCUGCUUGACCGCCAUAUUGCGGAGAGCCAGGACCCGGGCAGGACAGGAGGAACCAGGGAGAAUGACUGGGUGAAGGACUGUCUCCUCCGUUAUGUGGAGUUUUUCCCCUCAGUCUCCUGCCACCUGGAGAAAAAUGUGGACAGGGCCAUUUAUGGACAGGGUCGCUUUAAGUCCUUCACCUUUCAGGAGAUGUGGCAGUGGUACAGCCUGCACAAGUGCCUUAAUGCCGACCCUCAAGCUGGCAGUGCCCAAGAGAGGAAGAUGGCAGAGGAGGCUUUCUCUUCUGUUCGCCAGUGGCUUGGAAUGAAGGAGGAGGACAUCAGCUCCAAGUCACUGAAGCGCUUCAGGAGAUUUAUUCUCGACAAAGAGAAACAGAAAGCCCCUACUGCAGCUGUACCAUCUUCGUCCUUGUCUGGUCCUGUCCCAUCUGAAACAGUGGUUCCUCCGUCAGCGUCAGCGUCUGCUUCAGUGGCCCCUCCGACAGCAACAUCCCUGUCACCUUGGCAGGAUGAUACAUUGCUUUCAGAGGCUCUCGCCACUUUUGAAGCCACUUUUGAAGGACAAGCUGACACUGCCAUGGCCCCUCCACCAGACCCUCCACAGCAGCCACAGACAGACCCCGUUCCACCAUCGCAGGUGUCAUUUGAGGGCUGGCACAAACAGUGGGAGUCCGGCCCUCAAGGUCUCCCCAGUGCUGACGUGAAGUGGCUGAAGGAGGACGCUGACAGGGGGCUCUUUAAGAACCUCACCAUCGCUCGCAGGAAAAUUCUGAAGGAUGACCGCAUGUGGUUCCAUCCACCAGAAAUUCCUGGAGUGGUGGUGGGGGGAGGAGUGCCCUCUGCAGACGCUUUUUUUAGAAGCCGUGUCUUCUUUUGGAGGCCUGUGGGAGUGUGGGGCUACAGCCUUCGCUGUCCCAGGUCAGGAUGCCCCGGGGAAAAAGCAGCCUUUCUGUACCCCUGUGGGUAUGGAAACACAGUGAGGCAUAUCUGUGACAUGACUGGCUGGUACAGCAUGCUCACAGAGCUCCUGGCCUGCAACGCGUGCAGGAAGGCUGCAAAGGGCUCUCAGGAGCAUUCAAUUGGUCGCUUCCUGGCGUGGGAUGCUGCUAUUUUGAAGCAGCUGACUCCAGCCCACCAAGCUGUGUUCCCUGCGAUCCUAACACCGAGACGCGGUGUGGACAAGCAUGUUAAGACCCUGGUGGUUUAA